ACACAGUACGGGGGCGUGGCGUGUUGUAUGAAAAACUAGUUUAGGCGUGAAGCAGAACAUAGAUAUUUCCUGUAACAAUCCAGUUUACUGUAGUCAGCUGUGUUGGAGCCUGCGGACUGCAAGGUGCUUGUUUUCUCCUGACUGCACAUCGUUAUUCGAUAAACAAUCAAAAUGUUUGGUUUCCUAAGAGGCUCUUAUGGACAACAAGCCGUUAACUUGAUAGGAAAUAUUUCAAGCUUUUACACUCCCCAACCACCGCCCCCUCGCAUGACUUAUCAUGCUGCAAUGGCAAAUGAGGAUGAAGAAGAGAAGCAGUUCCGAGAAGUUUUCAAGAAGGUUGCAGGAGAUGAUAUGGAAGUUAGUCCUAAAGAACUUAUGACAAUUCUUAACAGAGUGAUGCAAAAAUACCCAGAGUUGAAGACUGAUGGGUUCAGUAUCGAGUCCUGCAGAAGCAUAGUCGCUCUCAUGGAUGCUGACAGCAGUGGCAAACUAGGUUUGGUAGAGUUCAAAUACAUUUGGAAUAAUAUCAAGAAGUGGCAGAAAGUCUACAAGGAGUUUGAUGCUGACAGAUCAGGAACGAUUAAUGGCUGUGAAAUUCCAAGAGCCUUGCAGGCAGCAGGAUUCAACCUUGAUGCCCCACUGAUCAGUCUGAUAACACGCAGGUAUUCGGAUGAGAAUGGUGACAUCGACUUUGAUAAUUAUAUUACGUGUCUCACCCGUUUGGAUGCCAUGUUCCGAGCUUUUAAGACUUUGGAUAAAGACAAUGAUGGAAAAAUCCGAGUGAAAACAGAAGAGUUUUUGCAGAUGACCAUGUACUCCUAAAGCAGCAAAUUAAUCUGAAUACAGGGAAAAGCAGAAGACUUUGUAUGUUCACUAUUUUACUGUGAAUAAUUUCUUUCAAAUGCACCUCUUGGUCUUUUAGAAAGGAUACUCUCUAAACUGCAUUAAUAAAUUACUAUUUUCAUUAAUUGCUGUUUCUUUUACUGAGAUGGUUAACUUGUCUUAGUUUGUGAUACAAGUACAUACCUACAUAUAAAUUAAAUGUUAUUUUAUGAUACCUGUUCCGUCACAAAUAUUUUUGUAUAUGCAACAAUAUUCUGUGCAAUUGCUAUGGUUUUCAUUUUUCACAAGAAACCAUUUAUAAUGUGGUUUUCAUUGUUAAGCAAUGCACUACAAUUUUACUCAUGGACAUAUGAGGCCAUACAUACAAUUUUAUUUUCAGUCUGUGCAGUUAAUUUCCAGCUUGAUUUUACUUUUUUGUACUGUCACUGCAGUGAACACUCAUUUAGCUUACAGACAAUAAAGGCUUACAAAAAGGGUUAUAUAAGAAGAAUAUUAAUGGGCAUUAAGUUUGCUUCCUUCUGUAUACUGUCUCUGAUGAGUGGAUUGUGUCAUCCAACAUCCAAUUACAAAAAACAAUAGUACUACAUGAAUUAUCAAAAGGAUAUGGCUACCUCAUAGUACAAUUUUAGAAGUUACCCUAUCUCCCACAGCAUGGAAAUUACCAAGUCCAGAGUAUUACUGGCUAAUAUGCUAAGCAGUAACUGGACAGGAUGAUAUACAAACAGGAUUUUUUUGAAGAAUAUUUAGCUCUGUGCUCAUUAUCGUUACAUUUUGCUUUGAAAAUGGGUGUGCUCAGUUUCAACAACUUAUAGGACUUGUUUCUGCGAACAGGCUGCAAAGCUUAUUUUUUUAUUUAAGUGUGGUCAAUUUGGCAUUUGCACAUUGUUGAUGUUUUGUUUAAUGAAAUCCAGAGUAAAAGUAAUUUUGCAUAAAAA